AUGUCAUAUUCAUCGCAUAGUAGCUCUUACUCAGAUGAUGACGAUGAUGAGUUGGAAGAUAUGAUGAUGAUUGCGUUCUUAAUAAAGAACAAUAAGAAUUUUAUUGACCGAACUCCUUGUAGGACAUCUAUGCUAAGUGGAAAAGAAUACAUUCGAGAGAUAAUUGGGUAUCCAAAUCUAAAGGGAUUUUUAGCUCCAUAUUGUGGUGAGCGGUAUCAUCGGUCUGAUUGGCAAAGUGGUAGUGGAGUUAGAGGAAAGAAAGAAUUAUUCAACUUUGUACAUUCAUCUGUUCGGAAUGUCAUAGAGCGGGCAUUUGGUGUUCUUAAAAAAAGAUUUCACAUUUUGAAAUAUAUACCAAACUACCCGUUGAGACGCCAAAUGUUGAUCCCGCAUGCAUGUUGUGCACUGCAUAAUUAUAUACGGAUGGAGGAUAGGGCAGACACUUUAUUCAAUACAUAUGGUGGUGAAAAUUUUCAAGAACUCAUAGAAGGCUUUAACGUGGUUCAAGAGGGUUUUCCUUUGGAUAUGACAUAUCAAGAUGAAAUGCUUCAAGUUAGAGAUUCAAUUGCUAACAUGUUAUGGGAAAGACAUACACAACGUCGCCGGGGGCGUUCACACUAUUGAUAGCAUUAAAAUAGUAAAACUUGUCCUAUUAAAAUGUUUAUUUUUAUGUUAUAUCAUACAUUGAAUUUUAUGUUGCUUCUUAUAUAUUAAAUGUAUGUGUGGGUGGGGG